AUGGAUGAAAGUCGAGCUGUCCGGUUCCUGGAAUCACUACUGGGAAAGUCACUUCGUGUGCAUACAACAGAUACCCGCAUGUUCUCCGGUAUCUUCAGGUGUACAGAUGCGGAUCAAAAUAUUAUCCUCUCCAGCACCUUCGAAUACCGGUUUCCUCCCCCAGAAGCUGUCCAAAAGGCGGCACAAAACGCAGAUAAAACUGCGGCAACCGAAAACCCGGAAACCGUUAAAUUAAACAUGACCAGUCGACUUAUAGGUCUUGUUGUUAUUCCCGGACAACAUAUCACGCGGAUCGAACUGGAAGAAAUACCUGAGCAGGCGCGUGCCUGCGAACUGUUUAUGAGAUAA